GUUUCCGUUUCCGACGUCUGAUUCAAAACAUUGAGAUCCUGCUGUUGGAGUACAGAGGUCGGGGGUUGCUCUGUGAGUUUGCUUCUUUUGCGGUUUUCUCCGCUCCUCCCCCCCCACCCCCAGGUCCCUGCCUGCUCUCGCGGCCGGGAUGGAAGAGGACUUUGUGCUGGCCCUGAAGCUGCAGGAGGAGUGGAACACGGAGGUCCCCGCGUUCGUUCCGCCGCCGAACGAGCCCAAGUCGCUGGUGGAUGAAGCUUGGGAGCUCGUAGACCCCAACCCGGAUCCCCGAGCGCUGUUCGUGCAGUUCAACGAGCUGUAUUUCUGGGGGCGGCUGGAGGCGGUGGAGGUGAAGUGGAGCUUUCGAAUGACGCUAUGUGCUGGAGUUUGCAAGUAUGAGGGAAAAGGUGGAAUGUGUUCCAUCUGCCUCAGUGAACCUCUUUUAAAAUUGAGACCAAGAAAAGAUCUUGUAGAGACUCUGUUACAUGAAAUGAUACAUGCAUAUUUAUUUGUCACUAAUAAUGAUAAAGAUCGGGAAGGUCACGGCCCAGAGUUUUGUAAACAUAUGCAUCGCAUCAAUCGCCUGACUGGAGCGAAUAUAACAAUAUACCACAAUUUUCAUGAUGAAGUGGAUGUAUAUCGUCAACAUUGGUGGCGUUGCAAUGGGCCCUGCCAGAACAGAAAACCAUACUAUGGUUAUGUGAAACGGGCAUUGAACAGAGCACCCUCAGCUAAGGACUUUUGGUGGGCUGAGCAUCAGAGCACUUGUGGAGGCACAUACGUAAAGGUCAAAGAACCAGAGGGCUAUUCAAAAACAGGCAAGAAAAUGACAGAUCUAGAAAAGCAGCCAAACUCUGGGACAGAAAGUAAAGAUAAAGGUAAACCAAAGGAAAGGGGGAGCCAGCCGUUGACUCCUUUCAGUGGAAAAGGCUAUCUCCUGGGAGGAACAAGCAGUACAUCAUCACUUGGGAAACUCAGCAGCCCACAUGCCAUUAAUAAAACCCAAGAACUGCCUGAUCAGAACUAUCCACUGGUUGCCGCAAGACCUAAUCAUAAAACUGAUUUGAAGUCAAAUCCAUCUCAAGGAAUUAACAGCUCUGAAGAUAAAUUACCAAAUAAGAGACCCAAAAUCGAAAACAAAACUGCUUUUGCCAAUUUUUUUAUCAAGAAAGAGCAAACGAACAGCAUAUAUACAAGUGGUAGUAGCUCAAAACACAGUUCAUUCCUUGUCACCUCAUCUCAGAAUUCCAGCAGUUUAAUUAGUCACAAAAAAGCAGUGAGCUGCCCUGUUUGCCAGACCCAAGUUUUGGAGACAGAAAUUAAUGAACACUUGGAUUCCUGCCUUAAGUGAGAAACCAUUGCCAAAGCCAAGAGCUGCAAAUGUCUUUGGGAAAGUAAUUUGUCUUAAUUCUGUAGCAAAAAUUAGUUCAUAAGUGUAUCCUGCCAAAUAUUCAGGAAGUUAAAGUGUUGUAAGUAAUAAGGAAAUAUGUAUAUGUUUAGAUGGAUUAUAAAGUUGAGAGGGCUCUUUCUGUGAGCUCCAAAGUUGAUAAUGUAUUUUUCUGGUUAUCACAAUUUGGACAAAUACUGGUUGUAUAUAGAUAUGCCAGAAGUCUUUAAAUAAUUUUGAAACACCCUGUAAAGUGGUGCUAAAUUUAUAUGUUUUACAUGGCACAGUUUACAGUUUUUUAACUGAGUUUUAGUUUUGCAAUUUUAAGACUUAUGAAUAAAAAGGAUUUCCAGAUACUGUA